AUGGACCUACUCCUCCUGGAAAAGACCCUCCUGGGUCUCUUCAUCGCCGUCAUCGUCGCAAUCACUAUUUCGAAGCUCCGUGGCAAGCGGUUCAAGCUCCCGCCCGGUCCGAUACCCGUACCAGUUUUCGGAAACUGGCUCCAGGUCGGCGACGACCUCAAUCACCGGAACCUCACCGACCUCGCGAAAAAGUUCGGCGACAUCUUCCUCCUCCGCAUGGGGCAGCGCAAUUUGGUGGUGGUCUCGUCCCCUGACCUCGCCAAGGAGGUCCUCCACACCCAGGGCGUCGAAUUCGGGUCGAGGACACGAAACGUCGUGUUCGAUAUUUUCACCGGUGAGGGCCAGGAUAUGGUGUUCACGGUCUACGGUGAGCACUGGAGGAAGAUGAGGCGGAUCAUGACCGUUCCUUUCUUCACUAACAAGGUCGUGCAGCAGUAUAGGCACGGCUGGGAAUCGGAGGCAGCGGCGGUGGUUGAGGACGUGAAGAAGUACCCGGGGUCUGCGACCAAUGGGAUGGUGCUGCGGAGGCGGUUGCAGCUGAUGAUGUACAACAACAUGUACCGGAUUAUGUUCGAUCGGAGGUUCGAGAGCGAGGAGGAUCCUCUGUUUAUGAAGCUCAAGGGGUUGAAUGGGGAGAGGAGCCGAUUGGCUCAGAGCUUCGAUUACAAUUAUGGAGAUUUUAUCCCCAUUUUGAGACCCUUCUUGAGAGGCUACUUGAAGAUCUGCAAAGAGGUCAAGGAGAAGAGAAUUCGGCUGAAACUUUCAAGCACAAAAACGACAACAAAUGAAGGACUGAAGUGCGCCAUCGACCAUAUCCUGGACGCUCAGCAGAAGGGAGAGAUCAACGAGGACAACGUCCUUUACAUCGUCGAGAACAUCAACGUUGCUGCAAUUGAAACAACACUAUGGUCAAUUGAGUGGGGGAUUGCAGAGCUUGUGAACCACCCUGAGAUCCAAAAGAAGCUGAGGGAUGAGCUUGACUCAGUGCUUGGCCCUGGUGUUCAAAUCACAGAGCCAGAGAUCCAGAAGCUUCCCUACCUUCAAGCUGUGAUCAAAGAGACUCUCAGGCUUCGCAUGGCAAUCCCAUUGCUUGUCCCACACAUGAAUCUCAACGAUGCAAAGCUGGGCAGCUACGACAUUCCAGCGGAGAGCAAGAUCCUGGUGAAUGCAUGGUGGCUGGCAAACAACCCUGCCCUCUGGAAGAAGCCUGAGGAGUUUAGGCCAGAGAGGUUUUUGGAGGAAGAGGCCAAGGUUGAGGCCAAUGGCAAUGACUUUAGGUACCUUCCAUUUGGUGUUGGGAGAAGAAGCUGUCCAGGGAUUAUUUUGGCCCUUCCAAUUCUUGGGAUCACUUUGGGACGUUUAGUCCAGAACUUUGAGCUCUUGCCUCCUCCAGGACAGUCCAAGCUUGACACCACAGAGAAAGGUGGGCAGUUCAGCUUGCACAUUUUGAAGCACUCUACCAUUGUGUUGAAGCCCAGGUCAUAG